UGCCUGCAAGCAACAAGCGAGGCUUGUCAGAAAGAGAAUCGGUUCAUUGGCUGCAGGUCCUCCCAGGUCGCUGGGGGGCGAGAGCGAGGAGACGAGCCGCGCCUGCCUUUCCUCAGCCUUCCCGGGCAGGCGGUGCUUCUCUCGCCGGGCUCGCUCCGCCCUUCAUCUCGCCGAUCCGGGAAGGCGGCUGCGGCCAUGCCUUACGCCAACCAGCCCACGGUGCGCAUCACAGAGCUCAGCGACGAGAAUGUCAAGUUCAUCAUCGAAAACACCGACCUAGCGGUUGCAAACUCUAUCCGGAGGGUGUUCAUAGCUGAAGUUCCUACCAUAGCCAUCGACUGGGUCCAGAUAGAUGCCAACUCCUCUGUGCUCCAUGACGAGUUCAUCGCACACAGACUGGGUCUGAUCCCCCUCACCAGCGAUGACGUUGUUGAUAAGCUUCAGUAUUCCAGGGAUUGCACCUGUGACGAGUUUUGCCCUGAGUGUUCGGUGGAGUUCACCCUUGACGUCCGAUGUAAUGAGGACCAGACCCGUCAUGUUACAUCCCGGGACCUCAUCUCCAACAAUCCUCGGGUUAUACCAGUGACAUCCCGGAGCAGAGAUAAUGACCCCAAUGACUAUGUUGAACAGGAUGAUAUCCUCAUUGUCAAACUACGCAAAGGCCAGGAACUGAGGCUACGGGCCUACGCUAAGAAGGGGUUUGGCAAAGAGCAUGCCAAAUGGAAUCCCACGGCAGGCGUGGCCUUCGAGUAUGACCCUGACAAUGCCUUGCGGCACACAGUGUACCCGAAGCCAGAGGAGUGGCCAAAGAGUGAAUACUCUGAAAUUGAUGAAGAUGAGGCUCAAGCUCCUUAUGAUCCCAGUGGGAAGCCAGAAAGGUUUUAUUACAAUGUAGAGUCCUGCGGCUCUCUCCGCCCUGAGACCAUUGUCCUCUCAGCCUUGUCUGGCUUGAAGAAGAAACUGAGCGACCUCCAAACCCAGCUGAGUCACGAGAUCCAGAGUGACGUGCUGACUAUAAACUGAUUCUGGUCUGUCUCUCUCUGGGUAGCUGUUAUGUAAAUGAUACACUAUGAAUAAGGAGACUGCUGACAUCGCAAGGCUGGGGUGGGAUGGGGGAACUCUGGAGCCACUUGCUUCCAACCCUCUGGAAGAAUACGUUGUGUGUCGCUCCCUCGAGCCAAACAUUUUUCAGCCCUCUCUUAUGGAAGCUGCCGUUCACAAACACAAAAAUCUGUUGUUCUGGCUGUUAAAAAGGAAGUGUGCUGCGUUCUGUCUGGAGGACAUGCUGUCCUGUUUGAAGGGAACCUGGGGACUGAAUGCAAAACAGAUCUCCCCCGCCCCACACACACACACACACUCAUACUUUUUUUGUCCUCUGCCUCUCUCUGUGCUGGACUUUUGGGAUAAACAGCCCCCGCCUGGCAGCUCUCCAGGUUAUGUAACUGAAGUUUGCUAGUUACUUGUGUUUGUUACUGUAUUGAAUAAAAGCCUUUUCCCUGGCUAA